AUGUUUCGUUUUUUGAAGCCUUUUGCUUUAAAAACUUCCCUUCAACGCGGACAACGUUUCUAUUCCAAGGUCCCUCCUGUUAUUAACCGUGAACGUGUUUUGCCCAAGCAAGCUCCCUUCCCUACACCACAAACUACGAAUGACAUUGCCACCCUCACCAUUCGUAAUGGCCCAAUUUUCCAUGGCACCUCCUUCGGUGCUAACCGUAAUAUUUCUGGUGAAGCAGUUUUUACCACUUCUCCCGUCGGAUAUGUGGAGUCUAUGACUGAUCCUUCCUACAAACAACAAAUUUUAGUCUUCACUCAACCAUUGAUUGGUAACUAUGGUGUUCCAAGCGGCUCUAAGCGUGACGAACAUGGUCUUCUUCGUCACUUUGAAUCUCCCCACAUCCAAUGCGCUGGUGUGGUCGUAAACGACUAUGCUACCAAGUACUCUCACUGGACUGCCGUAGAAUCUCUUGGUGAAUGGUGUGCUCGUGAAGGUGUUGCUGCCAUUUCUGGUGUUGAUACCCGUGCUAUAGUUACACAUUUGCGUGAACAGGGUAGCAGUCUUGCUAAAAUCAGCAUUGGCGAAGAAUAUGAUGCUAAUGACGAUGAAGCUUUUGCUGACCCCAGCGCUGUCAACUUGGUUAGCCAAGUAUCUACUCGUGAACCUUUCUUCGUUGGUGGUGGCGAUGGAAUGAUGAAUGUUGCUGUUAUUGACUGUGGUGUCAAAGAAAACAUUCUCCGUUCUCUCGUUAGCCGUGGUGCUAGUGCUACUGUGUUCCCUUAUGAUUACCCUAUCCAAAACAUCGCUAGUAACUAUGAUGGUGUCUUUUUGACGAAUGGUCCUGGUGACCCAACUCACCUUACCAAGACUGUCAGCAAUCUUCGUCAGUUAAUGAAAACUUAUAAUGGACCUAUUAUGGGUAUUUGCAUGGGUCAUCAAGUACUUGCCCUGGCUGCUGGUGCUAAGACUAUCAAACUCAAGUACGGUAACCGUGGCCAUAACAUUCCCGCUUUCGAUAUCGCUAGCGGCAACUGUCACAUUACUUCCCAAAACCAUGGUUAUGCCGUCGAUGUCUCAUCCCUUCCUUCAGAAUGGAAGUCUACUUGGAUUAAUUUGAAUGACCAAUCAAAUGAGGGUAUUGCCCAUGCUACUCGCCCUAUUUCCUCUGUUCAAUUUCAUCCAGAAGCUCGCGGUGGCCCUAUGGAUACUCACUACCUUUUUGACAACUACAUCCAAGAGGCCCUUAAAUACCAGAAAUCCCAGUCAAAUGUAUUAUGA